CUGGGGGAGGGAGAGCAGGGGGACCCCCAACCUCCAUCCGGGACGGGACGAGGAACCAUUCACCAUCACUUUGGGGGCGUUCAACCCCUUUUCUCCCCCCUCCAAGAUGCUUUUUGGGGGGUGGCUGUGCCUGGCCACACUGUACCUCGUUGGGGGGUCCCCCCAACAUGAGCGGGGGCCCCUCCGGGAUGUUGGGGGGGUCACCCACGACCACGCCAACGGCUUCGCCUAUGACCACCAAGCUUUCCUGGGACCCGAGGAAGCCAAAACCUUCGACCAACUCUCACCCGAGGAGAGCCAGCGCCGCCUGGGGCUGCUGGUGGGGCUGAUUGAUACGGAUGGAGAUGGGGGACUGACGGCAGCAGAAUUGGGGAGCUGGAUGGAGCGGAGGCACCGUCGGGGGCAGGCGGAGGCCGUGGAGCGAGGGCGGCAACGCUUCGACCGCGAUGGCGACGGCGCCGUCACCUGGCACGAGUACCGGCACGAGGCCUACGGGGACCCUGAGGACAAUUUUGGGGGCACCCAGCACCCCGAAACCUAUCGACGUCUCCUGGCACGCGACGAGCGCCGAUUCCGAGCAGCCGACACCAACGGUGAUGGCAAAGCCGAGGGAGAAGAACUCGCCGCCUUCCUCCAGCCUGAGGACUUCGAGCACAUGAGACCCCUCGUGGCGAUGGAGACGCUGGAGGACAUGGAUAAGGACGGGGACGGCUUCAUCCAGGAGGACGAGUACAUUGCCGAGCUGUACGAGGGCUCUCCGGGGGCUCCGGAACCUCCGUGGGUGCUGGAGGAGCGGACGCAGUUUGUGGGGGCGCGAGACCGCGACGGUGAUGGCCGCCUGAACCCCGAGGAGGUGGGGUACUGGCUGCGCCCUCCGACCGCCGGCUGGGCGCGCGCCGAGGCCGAGCACCUCCUGCACCACGCAGAUCACGACAGGGACGGGCUCCUCUCCCGCGCCGAGGUCCUGGCAAGCUGGGAGCUCUUUGUUGGCAGCCGCGCUACCACCUAUGGCGAAGACUUGGGGCGCCCCCACGAUGAGCUCUGAGCCCCCACUAAAACCUGGGGAACCCCCCCAAAGCUCAGGGAAACCCCCAAAUUUAUGAGAUACCCUCCCCAAAUCCAUAGGGACACCCCUGAACAUCUGAGUCUUUCCAUAACACCCGGACACCCCCAAAAUUCCUGGGUCCCACCCAAAUCCAUGGGGUCCCCCCAAACCCCUGGGUCCCCCCCCCGAAUCAUAGCCCCACCCAAAACCCUGGAUCCCCCCUGAAUACAUGGGAUCCCCUCAAAUCCAUGGGUCCCCCCUCAAACCCCUGGGGACACCCAAACCCCCGGGUCCCCCCUAACCCAUGGGGUCCCUCCUUGAUGCCUGGGGAACACCAUAACACAUGGGGACCCCCCAAAUCAUUGGGAUACCCCCAAACCCCUGGGACCUCCCCAAAUCCAUGGGGUCCCCCUCAAACCCCUGGGUCCCCCCUUGAACGCAUGGGACACCCCCCUAAUCCAUGGGGUCCCCCCAAAUGCCUGGGACCCCCUCCAAUCCUUGGGGUCCCCCCCAACAACUGAGUCUCACCAAACCCCUGAGGACCCCCCAAUAUCUAAGGGACCCCAACCAAACCCUCUGGGGUCCCCCCAAACCCCUGGGUUUCCCCCAAACCCCUGGGUCCCC